AAUACAUCAUCUUGGUACAAUCCCCUUCUUGCUCAUAGUCACGUGUAAACGUCAUGUGCCUCACAAAGACAGACCCGGCCUGAACUCGCGGCGUCUACCGAAUCUCGAAAUCGUCCAUAUCACUCUCUCUUCCUCUCUUCCUCCUUCUCUCCCCCUUCCUCCUCCUGAUCCUUCUUCUUCAUCUUACAUCCCUCCCCUCCCAUAGUCCUGCUCUUGGACCCCCAAGUCUGCAAGCAUGGACAAUGCGGCGCUAAACCACAUCUUCACCGACCUUCGAUCAAAGUCUCCCGACGUCCGAAACAGGGCAGCCGACGAGCUCCGCGAUCAUCUCUCCACCGUCGUUCGUGAGCUGCCCAUCGAUCAGUUCACCCGCUACAACAACGACGUCAACCGCCGCAUCUUCGAGCUCAUUCACUCCACCGACACAAACGACAAGUUUGGCGGAAUCGCUGCCAUCGACCGCCUCAUCGAUUUUGACGGAACCGAAGAAAAUGCCACAAAAAUCUCCCGCUUCGCAAACUACCUGCGCAUCGUCAUCCCCAGCAACGAUGUCGAGGCCAUGCGUGUCGCCGCGAAAGCUCUCGGAAAACUAGCCAUCCCCGGCGGCACCCUCACUCUCGAUUUCGUUGAAUUCGAAGUCAAGCGUGCGCUCGAGUGGCUUCAAUCUGAUCGCCAAGAGUCCAGACGCCAGGCUGCUAUGCUCAUCAUCACCGAACUCGCCGCAAACAGCCCCACAAUCCUCUACGCCUACGUCCCGCAGAUCCUCGAUGUCAUCUGGGUCGCCCUGCGCGAUCCGAAGGUUACCGUCCGAAUCGACGCCGCCGAUGCCCUCCGCGCCUGUCUGAAAAUCAUGUACCAGCGCGACAACCAGAUGCGCCAGCAAUGGUACGAGCGCAUCUACGCUGAAGCCCAACUCGGCUUCACCAAAAUCGGCACCGCAGACGCCAUCCACGGCAGCUUACUCGUCUACCGAGAACUAUUCGAGCAGGCCGGCAUGUUCAUGCACCGAAACUACUCAAACGUAUGCGACACCGUCCUUCGCUACAAGGAUCACCGCGACAGUCUUGUCCGACGCACCGUGCUCGCAAUGAUGCCCACCCUCGCCAGCUACAACCCCACCGCUUUCGCAGACAAAUACAUGCAUCCUUGUAUGCUGCAUCUGCUCGGCCAGCUCAAAAAGGAUCGCGAGCGCAACCAAGUUUUUCAGUCAAUCGGUAAAAUUGCAGGCGCCGUUCACAGUAGUAUGGGCCCUUAUCUCGAUGCAAUCCUCACAAAUAUCAAAGAAGGCCUCAGUCAGAAAGGUCGGGCAAAGAAAGAGCAGGAAAAAGCAAUCUUCGAAUGUAUCAGUAUGCUCGCCGCUGCCGUCGGCCAAGCGCUUACAAAGAACCUCAAUCUCGACAUUCUUGACCUCAUCUUUGCCUGCGGUCUUUCUGAGCACCUGCGCAAGACCCUUGUCGACCUGGCGAAAUACAUCCGACCUCUCUUGCCGACCAUUCAAGAGCGCUUGAUCACAAUCAUCUCAUUCUCUCUCUCCGGACGGCCAUUCAGAGUUCCUGGCUCGCCAGAGUCAAACCUGCCCAUGCUCCCCGACGCGGCUCGUGAAUAUAGAGAGAACAUGCUGUCGAAAGAUGGGCCUGCAGGAAGUAGCGACAUGAAGGACUCCGAUCUCAUCGCAUUAUCCAUGCGGAUCUUGGGUACUUUUGAUUUCACUGGCUACACAUUCAACGAGUUUGUGCGGAAUUGUGUCAUUAUGUAUCUCGAGGACGAAAAUCCCGAGGUUCGCAAAGCUACCGCUCUGGCUUCCUGCUCGCUGUUUUUGAAGGAUCCUAUCUGCUUCCAGACUAGCGCCCAUGCCAUCAGAGUCGUCGGCGACGUGUUGGAGAAAUUGCUAUCUGUUGCCAUCUCUGAUCCCGUUGCCGAUAUCCGCUUUGAGGUCUUGAGCUCGUUUGACACUCGCUUUGACUCGCAUCUCUCGCAAGCCGACAACGUCCGCCUGCUGUUCACGGCACUAAACGACGAAGUCUUCGCGGUCCGCCAGGUCGCCAUCAGCAUCAUCGGUCGUCUCACGAAUAUCAAUCCUGCCUACGUCAUGCCUCCUCUUCGCAAAACUCUUAUCCAGCUUUUGACAGAGCUAGAAUAUUCGACAAGCUCGCGGUCACGAGAGUGUUCAGCCAAACUCCUAGCCAUUCUCGUGCGAUCGACCAAGGGACUCAUCAAACCAUAUGUGAAUCCUAUGAUCAAGGUUUUGCUGCCAAAGGCUAGCGACUCUAGCACGGCCACUGCAGCAAGUGUUAUUUCAGCCCUGGGAGAACUUGCAAGAGUUGGUGGCGAGGACUUGAUCCCGUACAUUCCUGAUCUGAUGCCCCUGAUCCUCGACGUACUUCAGGACCAAAGCUCGCCACUGAAGCGAGAUGCCGCCCUGCGCACACUUGGUCAACUGGCGAAUAGCUCUGGAUAUGUCAUAGAUCCGCUGAUUGAUUAUCCUCAGCUUCUCGGGGUACUGGUCUCGAUUCUUAGAUCAGAGCAGUCGUCCAUGAUUCGCUGUGAAACCGUUCGUCUGAUUGGUAUCCUUGGAGCUCUGGAUCCUUACAAGCACCAAAUGGUGGAGCGCGGCGGACUCGGCAAGCGCGCUGGCGAGCAAGAUGUGACUUCGUCGGACGUUUCCACAAUCAUGUUCAACCUCACGCCGCAGACACCUCCCAGUGGAACCGACGAGUACUAUGCGUCAGUCGUGAUCAAGAUUCUGCUGAAUAUUCUGCGCGACCCAUCUCUCGGAACACACCACACAGCCGUCGUCCAGGCGAUCAUGUACAUUUUCAAGACAUUGGGUGUGAAAUGCGUGCCAUUCUUAGGCGAAAUCAUUCCCGUCUUUCUUCAAGUCAUGCGGUCGUGCUCUCAUUCUAUUCUCGAUUUCUACUUCCAGCAGCUUGGAAUUAUGGUUACGAUCGUGCGGCAGCACAUCCGAAACUUCCUGCCGGACAUUUUUGCGCUCAUCAAGGAGUUUUUCAACCAGUCAUCCGGUCUGCAAAUCACAAUCUUGUCGCUAGUUGAGAGCAUCUCUAGAGCAAUGGAAGGAGAUUUCAAAAUGUACAUGCAGCAGCUCAUGCCUCUCAUGUUGCCAAUCGUUGACACCGACCGGUCAGCAAUGCGCACAUCGACGCAGAAAGUCCUGCAUGCGUUUGUCGUCUUUGGAUCAAAUGUCGAGGAAUACAUCCAUCUCAUCCUUCCCUCCGUCGUCAGACUCUUUGAGAACGCACCGCCAGUGCUCGAGAUCGCGGCAAUGGAGACUGUGGGACAGAUGUGCAAGAAUGUGAAUAUGGCUGAUAUGGUCAGUCGAAUCAUGCAUCCGACUUUGCGAGUCUUGGGGACGACCGCGAACGAGGAAGUGCGCAAGGCUGCCAUCGAGCUCGUGACCUCGCUCAUUUACUACCUGCGCGACGACACUGCGGUUUUUAUCCCAGUCAUCAACAAGGUCGUCGUCGCAAACAAGAUCUAUCAUGCGCAGUACGAGUUGCUGGUCAAUCGGAUGAUCAAAAAAGAGCCGUUUCCGCAAAAGCUGGAUACCGAUUCCGAUCGAAAGUACGCUCUGUCUGGAAUUGACGAGGUGUCAGAAGCCAAACCGCCGUCUAAGAAGCUGCCAGUCAAUCAGGAGCAUCUAAAGGCUGCAUGGGAGGCUUCGCAGAAGUCGACGCGCGAUGAUUGGCAGGAGUGGGUGCGACGACUGAGUGUCGAGCUGUUGAAGGAAUCGCCAUCGCAUGCACUCCGUGCGUGUGCCUCGCUGGCAGGAGUGUACUAUCCUCUCGCGAAAGACUUGUUCAAUGUCAGUUUUGUCAGUUGCUGGACUGAGCUUUACGAACAAAACCAGGACGAGCUCGUGCGGUCGAUCGAGACGGCGCUGAUGUCGCCCAAGAUCCCGCCCGAGAUUCUGCAGACAUUGCUUAAUCUGGCGGAGUUCAUGGAGCACGACGACAAGGCUUUGCCGAUGGAUAUCAGGACCUUGGGUCAGUUUGCGACGCGCUGCCAUGCGUAUGCAAAGGCAUUGCAUUACAAGGAGCUUGAGUUUAUUCAGGAACCGACGACGCCUACUAUCGAGUCCCUGAUUAGUAUCAACAAUCAGUUGCAGCAAAACGAUGCUGCGGUCGGUAUCUUGAAGCAUGCACAGUUACAUAACGAUUUGCAGUUGAAGGAAACCUGGUACGAGAAGCUGCAACGCUGGGAGGAUGCGCUCGAGGCGUACAACCGUCGCGAGAAAGACGAGCCGGACUCCCUCGAGAUCACAAUGGGACGGAUGAGAUGUCUGCACGCGCUCGGAGAGUGGGACUUGCUCUCGCAGCUGGCUCAUGAUAAGUGGCAGAACUCGCCAACCGAGAUUCGUCGCUCGAUUGCACCGCUUGCGGCCGCUGCCGCCUGGGGUCUUGGUCAGUGGGAGCGCAUGGAUGCUUAUAUCAGUGUGAUGAAGACCGAGUCGCCCGAUCGGUCGUUUUUCAGAGCCAUUCUAUCGCUUCACAGGAAUUUGUUUGACGAGGCGACGAUACAUAUCGGCAAGGCGCGCGAUCUGUUAAUCACAGAGUUGUCGGCGCUUGUCUCUGAGAGUUAUAACCGCGCGUACGGUGUAGUUGUGCGUGUGCAGAUGUUGUCGGAGCUGGAGGAGAUUAUCACGUACAAGAUGGCGGCGAACGAUCCCGAGCAGCAGAGAGUGCUUCGAAAGACGUGGGCACGACGACUAAAGGGAUGUCAACGCAACGUCGAUAUCUGGCAACGCAUGCUCAAAGUCCGCGCGCUGGUCGUCAAACCGAGACAGGAUAUGGAGAUGUGGAUCAAAUUUGCGAAUCUCUGCCGCAAGUCUGGUCGUAUGGGUUUGGCGGAGAAGUCGCUCAACUCGCUCGUCGAUCAUCCUGAACCGUCGGAUGCUACGAAUCUCUCCGGUACGUCGUACGCUGGACGGGCGCCUCCUCAGGUCGUAUACGCCCAGCUCAAGUACAUGUGGGCCGCAGGUAAUCAGCACGACGCGCUCAACAAUCUGUGCGAUUUCACUGCAAAGAUGUCGCAGAAUCUUGGACUCAACACAACUGAGCUCAUGAUGAAGCCGCUGCCUACCGAGCUUGUGAUUUCCGCUUCGAACGUGCAGCUGGGAUCGCUAUUUGUCAACGGCAACAACGGUCAGCAGCAGCAGCCGACUGCUGGCAGCCAGGCUAUGCUGAUGAACGGUCAUGCGCAGCCUUCUGGUGCAGUAGUUGCCGCAGCUUCACAGGCUCAAGCGAACGGAGCCAGUGCCGCGAACUCUGCAAACGCAAAGAAGCGCAUUGAGGAGUACACGAAGCUUUUGGCGCGCUGCUUCCUCAAGCAAGGAGAGUGGCAGAUUGCGCUGCAGCCGCAGUGGCAUCAUGAAAACUCCCACUCGAUUCUGCGCUCGUAUCUGCUAGCGACUUACUUUGACAAGGGGUGGUACAAAGCCUGGCAUAACUGGGCGCUGGCCAACUUCGAGGUGGUGACGGCGAAUGACAAGGCUGAUACCAAGGACCGAAGUGACUAUGUUUCGGAUGAGCUGGUUGAGAAAUACGUGCUGCCGGCAAUCCAGGGAUUCUUCAAGUCGAUCUACUUGUCGAGCGGCAACUCUCUGCAGGACACACUUCGUCUACUCACGCUUUGGUUUCGCUACGGUGGGCUGCCAGAGCCAGCCAAGGCCAUGAACGAAGGAUUCACGACUGUCAGCAUCGAUACUUGGCUUGAGGUAAUCCCACAAUUGAUUGCCCGAAUCCAUCAGCCCAACAUGGUCGUGCGCAAGUCUCUGCACUCGCUGAUCUCCGACCUCGGCCGCACACAUCCUCAGGCGCUAGUAUAUCCGUUGACUGUCGCCAUCAAGUCCGACAGUGUUACACGACAGAAGGCUGCGAUGGCGAUCAUGGAUAAAAUGCGCGCGCACAGUGCGACGCUUGUCAAGCAGGCUGAGAUUGUGAUUCAGGAGCUGAUUCGGGUUGCGGUGUUGUGGCAUGAGCAGUGGCAUGAGGGUCUUGAGGAUGCGUCGAGGUUGUUUUUCGGUGACCACAACAUUGAGAAGAUGUUUGCCACCCUUGAGCCUUUGCACAAGAUGCUUGAGAAUGGUCCGCAAACCUUACGCGAGAUUUCGUUCCAUCAGGCGUUCGGUCGCGACCUUCGCGAGGCGUAUGAAUGGGUCUUGAGUUUCAAGCGGACAAACGACAUGACUCAUCUGAAUCAAGCUUGGGACGUGUACUACAAUGUUUUCCGAAGGAUUACUCGGCAGCUUCCUCAGCUCAACACGCUCGACUUACAGUACGUGUCGCCGAAUUUGCUGGAGUGCAAUGAUUUGGAAUUGGCAAUGCCGGGAACGUACGAGAGCGGGAAGCCGAUUAUCCGGAUUAUGUCGUUCGAUCCCACAUUCACAGUCAUCACCUCGAAGCAGCGGCCGCGAAAGCUGUCGAUCCGGGGAAGUGAUGGUGUGGACUACCAGUAUGUGCUGAAGGGUCAUGAGGAUAUUCGACAGGAUAGUUUGGUGAUGCAGCUGUUUGGACUGGUUAAUACGCUGCUUGCUGCCGACUCGGAGUGUUUCAAGCGACAUCUGAGUAUUCAGCAGUAUCCUGCGAUCCCGCUGUCGCCGAAGAGUGGUUUGCUUGGAUGGGUCAAGAACAGUGACACGUUCCAUGUGUUGAUCAGGGAGUAUCGCGACAACCGCAAGAUUCUGCUGAAUAUCGAGCACCGUAUCAUGCUUCAGAUGGCACCGGACUACGACCAUCUGACGCUGAUCCAGAAGGUGGAGGUGUUUAUGUACGCUCUCGAUAAUACGACGGGCCAGGAUCUGUACCGGGUGCUGUGGCUCAAGAGUCGCUCGUCUGAGGCCUGGCUUGAUCGGCGAACGACGUACACGCGCUCGCUGGCGGUGAUGUCUAUGGUUGGCUACAUUCUCGGUUUGGGCGAUCGUCAUCCGUCGAACUUGAUGAUGGACCGCAACACCGGAAAGGUCGUGCAUAUCGAUUUCGGCGACUGCUUCGAGGCCGCGAUACUACGCGAGAAGUACCCGGAGAAGGUGCCGUUCCGACUUACACGCAUGCUCACGUACGCGAUGGAGGUUUCAGGAAUCGAGGGUUCGUUCAGGAUUACGUGCGAGAACGUGAUGCGGGUGUUGCGAGAUAAUAAGGAGUCGUUGAUGGCGAUUCUUGAAGCGUUCGCGCACGAUCCUCUUAUUAACUGGGGAUUCAACCUGCCGCAGCCAGAACGGCCUUCACAGGGCGCGGUAAUCACGCCGCAAGGAUCGCAGCAGCAGCAGCAGCAGCAACAGCAUCAUCAUCAGCAGCAGCAACAACAACAGCAGCAGCAGCAGUAUCAUGGGUCUGUGGCCGACGGCGAAAUAAGCGCGAGCCGAGCAGCCGCGGCGGCUACUAUGAUGGGUACGAAUACGCAGGCAGCACCGAUGAACAAGGAUCGAAGGAACAGUAUGCUUGUUUCACCGUCUUCGGGCUUGGAUAGGCGCCGACCGCAGAUCGAUGAGGAGGAAGUGGUGAACCUUGAAUUGCAAAACAACCUGGACUCUCGCAACCAGAGAGCGACUGUGGUGCUGAAGCGUAUCUCCGAUAAACUGACGGGUAACGACUUCAAGCAUCCGAAGGAACUGGACGUGCCGCACCAGGUCGACAAGUUAAUUCAGCAGGCUACUUCGAUUGAGAAUCUAUGCCAGCACUUUAUUGGAUGGUGCUCAUUCUGUAAGUUUUAUCCUAUUUAUUAUUCUUUGUCUGAUUUCUUGUCAGGCUGGGGGUGGAGUUGGGGUUAUAGUUAGUAUGUGAGAGUGUUUUGACUAACAGGUAUCCGAUGUAGGGUAAAACUUGGAACGACUCUCUAUAUAUAAGUCCGAGAGAAC